UAUGGAAUAUUCUUUUAUUCAAAGUAUAUUCUCUGGAGAGCUUAUUUCUAACCUACAAUGUUUGAAUUGUAAGAAAAUUACAAAGUCUGUUGAAUAAUUUUCAGCGUUAUCCCUAGAGCUUCCAGAAAUAAAGCAACAAGGAUUCUUUAAAUAAUUAGUCCAUAAUCAAAAAUAGUCUAUCUCGUUAUAAGAGUGUCUUGAUUAUUUUUAUGAACCAGUGAUCGAUUCAUUAACACUUUGUAGUUGUGGUGCAAGAUCAGGUAAAAGACAAUAUAGUUUUUAAUAAUAAUCCAAUUUAUUAUGUAUUCAUUUACAAAGAUUCUUGAAUAAAACUUAAAAAGAUACUAAACAUGUUUCAUUUCCAAUUAAAGAUCAUAAUUUUUAAGAAUAUUUUAAUGUAUGAUUUCAUUUAAAAUAAAUAAUAGUUGGAUAGUGAAUAGAAUUAUAGACUUUUUGGUAUAAUAGUACAUUUACACGAUUAAGGAGGUGAUCAUUUUGAAACUAUAUUAAAAUGUCAAAAUUAACAAUUUCUUAGCAUUAAAGAUGAAAUUAUAGAAAUAGUUUCAUAAAAAUAUGUAGAAGAAUGUGAAGCUUUAUUAUUAUUUUAUGAAAAGGUUGAUAAUUAAAUAGAUCUAUUUAAAGCAAGUCUUCGAAAAAACCUAUAAAAUUAACAUAAUAUGAUAAAAAAUUAAGAAUUAUUAUUGAAAGAUGAAGAAUUAUGCUAUUUACCACAUUUCUGGUUUGAAUAAUUUUUACAUCUUGCAAAACCACCUUCAAUUAUAACAUCCCAUUUAAUUUGUCCUCAUAAUCUCUUAAAACCAGAUUAUUGGGAUUUUAGAAUAGAAUAUGAAGUAAUAAAUAUAUUUAUAUUAAGAAUGCUAAAUCAGCUUAAUACAAUUCUUAAUUAGAUACUAAUACAAGUUUCAUUACUAUAGGAGAAGUAUAAAAUUCUAAUUCUCCUGCUUACAUCUAGGAGAGUUCUGCCUAUAAAUAAUUGUAACUCACAUCAAUCAUUAUUCCAAAAGCUGUUUGUGAAUUUUUAAUAGAAAAAUAUGGAGGAGGUCCAAUUAUUGAAAAGAAUAUCAAAACUUGUAGUACUUGUUUAGAAUAUGCAUAAUAAAUGAGUAGAAGAAGGAAAUUAGAAAGACAACUAAUAAUUAAAUAUGAAAAUCUUCAAGGAUAUGACAGAAUAUUUGUUGUACAUGAAGAAUGGUUAAAGAAAUGGCAAGCCUAUCUUUAUAAUUCAAAGUAGAUUUUACAAAGAAAUAGUUUAUUUGGUUAUCCUCCUCCUGGAGAAAUAACUAAUUAUUUAUUAUUAGAUAAAGAUUAGUAGAUUGUAUAAUAAAAAAAAGAAGGUUAACAUUUUCAUAUGAUCACUGCUCCUAUAUGGCAUAUUUUAUAAGAAAUUUAUGGAGGAGGUUAGAUAUUUAAUUUAAAUUAGGACCCACUAUUUCUAUUAAUCCUCAUUAAUAAUAAUAUGAACCUUUUAAAUUAUAAAUGGAUGAUCUCAUUUAGAUAAAAGAGAUCAAGGUCUUAUAUUAAAAUUGUAUCAACUAAUACAAACCUGAAAUUUAACAAUGAUAC